AUGAAGAGCGGCGCUGCAGCUGAUCGUGCGCACCUGCAGCAGCUGCAGCAGCAGCAGCACGAACAGCAGCAGCAGCAGCAACAGCAACAUGCCGAUACCUCCUGCCCUUUUGGGGCCCCUCAGCCUCAACCUGAGCAGCAAACCUUAGACCUCCACAGCGUGCAUGCAGAGGAGCAGCCUAUAAAACCUGAUGCUGCUGCUGCUGCUCACGCCGUUAUUCGCCAGGCAGCAGCAGCAGCAACAGGGUCCAGUGCAGCAGAAACUGCAGCGGCUGCAGAAGCAGCUGAUGCAACAGUAGCAGCAGACGCAACCGGUGCAGCAGUCCCCAGCGCAGCAGCUGCAGCAGCACCAGCAGGUGGAGCAGCAGCAGCAGCAGCAGCAGCAGCAGCAGCAGGCAGCAUCCCCACACAUCUCGAGUUGCUGAAUUCUCCUCUCUUAGCUGUUGAUGCAGAGUGUGCAGAGACACUUCAGGAGAAAGAGAGAGGGGAGGGGGCAGCAGCAGCAGCAGCAGCAGCAGUUACUCGGAGUAGAGCCUCUGCUGCUGCUGCUGCUGCUGCUGGGUCUGCAGCAGGCGCAGCAGCAGCAGCAGCAGCAGAUGAGGGUGGUUCUGGUUUAAGGAGUUUUGGUGGUGGCGAUUUCGCGCUGCUGUCGCAGCAGCUGCAUGAAGCAGCAAAACAGCUAGAUGUGUUUGCUGCUGCAGCAGCAACAGGCCUCAACCGCUUCUGGGGUGCAGCAGCAGCAUUAAAAGGAGAGUUGGGUGAUGUCUACCUGCGCUUAGCAGAGUUAACAUCGGAGUUAGAUGAUCUGCAAAGCGAAGAUGCUGCUGCUGCUGCAGCAGCAGCAGCAGCUCCUGCUGCUCCUGCUGCUGCUGCAGAGGGCGGUGUGGCAGAUGCUGCUGCGCGCAACUCUGCUGCAACAGGUGCAGCGGAAGAAGCUGCUUCCGCUGCUGCAGCAAGUGAAGAGCCCGCAGCAGCAGCAGCAGCAGCAGCAGCAGCAGCAGGGGAGAAGAAGCAGCUGUCGUGGGCGCUCAGCCCCUCAGCUGUGCGUCUCUCCGCAGCGCCACCUGCCUUAGGGCUUAGUAUGCAGGAUGUGCUGCAGCAUGAUGACGAGCAGCAGCUGCAGCAGCUGCAGCAGCAGAAGCAGCAGCAGCAGCAGCAGCAGCAGCUUCUAGGGGGCCCCGUGCUGUUUGGAGGGGGACGCGUAACAGACGAAUUUGAUUUUGCUGCUGAGGUGUAUAUGGAGGCAACUGAUGUGCUGCGACAUUAUAUGCUGGCGUCUGAAGCAGACAGGCUGCAGCAGCAGCAGCAGCAGCAGCAAAUACGAGAAGCCGUGCUGCAACAGCGCAGGGCCGUCGCACGCAAGCUGCAAGAGCAGCAAAAGCAGCAGCAGCAGAAAAAGCAGCAGCAGCAGCAGCAGCAGCAACCAGAAGCACCUAAAGAGCCUCCCUCAGACGCAGCUGCGGCGGAGCAGAGCAGCGCAGAGGGCAGCAAUCAAACUGCAGCAGCAGCAGCAGCAGCAACAGAUGCAGCAGCAGAUGUUGCAGCAGCAGCAGAUGGUGCAGCACCAGCGGACGCAGAAGCAGCUGCGUCAGAUGCUGCUGGAGACGGAAGAGCAUCCGAGGCAGCAGCAGCAACAGGAGCAGCAGCAAGUGAUGCAGCAGCAGCAGCCAGUGGAGACACGGUUGGUGUUGCUGCUGCUGCUGCUUCUGCUGCUGCUGCAACAGCAAAGGAGACAGGAGACAGUGAAUGUGCUGCAGAAGCAGAAGGCACAGAGCUGCUGCAGCUCGGCUGCGGAGAAGUAUUUAAAGAAGAUCUGUAUGGGGGCCCUAUAAACCCUUGGGGGGAUUGUCGUUCAAUAUUAGCAGCAGCAGCAGAAGCAGCAGCAGCAGCAGGUUGGCUGGUUGAUGAAGGGGAGGCUCCUGGCUCGGAAGGAGCAGCAGCUAAUGAAGCAGCACUCGAACAUGAAGCAGUGCUUCAUACCUCUUGUGCUUGGGGGAGGCCGUGCGUGCUGCUGCCCCACAAACUGCGGGGGAUCGACGAUCCCAGCAGGCCGCGGCCGCCGCUGCUGCAGCAGAUGGUGCAGCAACUGCAGCAAGACGCAGCCGCAGCAGCAGCAGCAGCUGCGGCUGCUGCUGCAGGCAGCAAACGCAAACCCACCACCCUGAGAGAUCGCACAACACCCAGCGAAUGCGCCUCCGAUGCCAGCGCAGAUGCAGAGCAGCAGCAGCAGCAGCAAGAGCAGCUAUCGCUGCAGGAGCAGCAGCAGCAGCAGCAGCAGCAGCAGGCAAAGCAGCAGAAGCAGGAUUCCCUCGCGCAGCAACUACAGCCCCUACAGCAGCAGACGCAAGAAGGCAUCCAGCCCCUUCCCCAGCAGCAGCAGCAGCAGCAGCAGCAGCAGCAACAAGAGGAACACCAGGAGUCUCAGGCGCCUCUACAGCCCCUGCCCCAGCAGCAGCAGCAGCAGCAGCAGCAGCAGCAGCAGCAGCAAGGUGGAGAGUGUUUGUCAGGCGUAGUGUUUGAUCCUCAGCGCAACUGCUGGGAGGCGCAGUGGGCGGAGGGCGGCCGACGAUUUAUAAAAUCUUUUUCAGUGCUCAAGUAUGGUGAAGACCUCGCUUAUAAGCUCUCCGUACAGUGCAGGCUCGCGCAUGCAUCAGAAGGAGCACAGGGAGCAGCAGAGGCCAGCAGCAGCAGCUGCAGCAGGGAGGAGUCAGCAGCAGCAGCAGCAGCAGCAGAUGCGAUCCCUCACCCUCGCCGCCGCAUUCGGGGGGCGGGUGGGCCAAAGCGCUCUGCGCUGCCAGCACCCCAAAGCAGCAGCAGCAGCAGCAGCAACAACAACAACAACAACAGCAACAGCAACAGCAACAGCAGCAGCACUAGCACUAGCACCAGCAGCAGCAGCAGCAGCAGCACUAGCAGCAGCGUGAAAGCUGAGCAGCAGCCCGCAGGGGCUCCUCGAGUGAAUGGGCGCGCACACAAUUAUAGAAAUGGUGAGGGAACGCAGCAGCAGCAGUAG